UCUGAUUUCGCCGGGUCUUCCAGCCCCGCCCACCAGCCUGCUACCUAGAGCGCCGCGGAGCUGUAGCAGCCCCGUCGCGGCUCCUUUACUGGGGCUGCGAAAGGAGAGGCGGUUGAGGAAACGGCUGCGAUGUUGGGAGCGUAGCCGUCGGCUUUGUUCGGGAGUCUGAAUGUGCGGGGCCUAGCCGCCUCGUUUGCUGCAGCGGCUUUACUGUGGGUGUGGAAAAAAGUUUUAGCGCUGUUUGGGGGCACGUGGAGAUUGUUUGCGGUAGGAGCAACACGCCAUCUGUGGCCCAGAGCAGUGGCCAUGUACAGCUUGGGCAAAGCCGUGGUCGAUACCGGCUAGCAAGUUGGCUGUUUGAAAGACAAGAACUUCAGCGACUCCAGCAAGGGACGGCCAGGAUGGCCAUGGGCGUGCAGGAACAGUAUGAGCCCGUGGCUGAAAUUGGUAUUGGAGCUUAUGGCACUGUCUUCAAGGCCCGGGACCUGCAGAGUGGCAAAUUUGUGGCUCUCAAGAACGUACGAGUGCAGAACAGUGAGAAUGGACUCCCGCUGUCAACGGUCCGAGAGGUGGCCCUGCUGAAACGUUUGGAGCACUUCGACCACCCCAACGUCGUGCGGCUAAUGGAUGUUUGCACAACAACUCGGACUGAACGAGAGACCAAAGUGACUCUGGUCUUUGAGCAUGUAGAUCAGGAUCUGAAAGCAUAUUUGGAAAAAACACCGCCUCCUGGCUUACCCCCAGAAGUAAUAAAGGACAUGAUGCGUCAGUUCUUGAGUGGCUUGGAUUUCUUGCAUUCAAAUUGCAUUGUUCACCGUGACCUUAAGCCAGAGAACAUCCUGGUGACCAGCUCUGGUCAAGUCAAGCUGGCUGACUUUGGACUGGCUCGUAUCUAUAGCUGCCAGAUGGCCCUGACACCAUUGGUGGUCACCCUCUGGUAUCGUGCUCCAGAAGUGCUACUCCAGUCAACCUAUGCUACUCCGGUGGACUUAUGGAGCGUUGGAUGUAUCUUUGCAGAGAUGUUCCGAAGGAAACCUCUCUUCUGUGGCAACUCUGAAGCUGACCAACUGGGCAAGAUCUUUGACCUGAUUGGUCUCCCUUCAGAGGAGGAUUGGCCAUUGGAUGUGUCUUUACCACGCUGCGCCUUUGCUGCUCGCUCCCCACAGCCUGUGGAGAAGUUUGUGCCAGAAAUUGAACUUCUGGGGGCUCAGCUGCUUUUGGAAAUGCUGACAUUCAAUCCGCUGAAGCGUAUCUCUGCCUUCAAAGCAUUGCAUCAUCAAUACUUUCAGGAUAAGAAUGCAGGGGAAGGGUAGCAUCCCAGCAGGUCCCUAGCAUGGGGGAAGAGACUGUACAAAAGACUUUGUGAAUGUGUGUAUAAGGAUAAUGUGCACCCCACCAAGUGGCUACACUCAGACUAGUCCCCAAGCUGUCCUGGCUGUGCUAGGAUUGAAGGGGGGGGGGGAGGACGAAGCUUUUGACAACAUGCGUGAAAACAGAAAAGAUCGUGUUGCAGGACCUGCACCACUGAAAUCCUUUCCCACCCUGAAAAUGUUAGGACUCUAGUGGCAUCUCUCUGCCACCAUGCAUACACAUUCUGUGUUCCUGGGUUGAUCUCCAGUGGCAUUCUUGAAGGUCAGUUUGUGUUUGGGACAGCCUGGUUGGAGGCAUCUCGAUCAUCUAUGGGUUCUUUGCCAAAGGUCUCUUUUUGAUAACCCCUUUUUCCCUAAUAAUUUUUUUAUAACAGUUUACACACAAUAAUGUUGCUGCCUUAUCACAUUCCUGUGGCUAACAGUUUGACACUAAAGCCUUGCCUUAGCAUGUUACAAAGCUCCACAAAAAUGGGAGCAGAAGAAUAUUUUUGUAAAGUCUUCACAAUUCUUUUUUAAUUGCCAAGACACUGGUCAGAACAGACCUACGCUGUUGGCUAUCUCAGCAUGGGAGACAUGCUCAGAUGGGGGUUUUCUCCAUCUGUUUGAUUUCAAAUAUUAAUGUGAAACAUUUUUAAAGGCUUCUAAAAAUGAUAACAUUUCAAUAAAGGAUGUGGGCAAGGUCCAGGCAAGUAUAGCUUGGUCUUUCCCUUUUCUUGUCACUUGAAAUUGUCUCGCGUUGUGAUUAGUUUGGUGAAUGGUUAUCUGGGUUUGGUUGCUCAAGUGUUGAUUCAUCUACACCCAAAGGGGCUUUCAGGAACAGAAACUCAUAUUGAACCUUUUGCUUUUCAAAUUGGAAAUCUGAUGCUUCACAUUGUGUAUUCCAUGAUGUGUACUGAUGAGAUCCUGUAAAUACAUGUUUUUCAGAAUCUUCCAAAGGUAAAAGAUUUAUUGUUAAGUCCUGCCCCUUGCCUGAUCUGUUAAUGGGGUUCCUGCCAAUCUCUGAAGUAGCAUCUCUAGAACAUUCUUGAACUUUGCUUAUCCUUUUUCCUUUCCUUUUCGUGUUUAUUUUCACAUAUCCAUUUUACUUUCUGCUAGAUAUUUCUUUUUUUCUUUUUCUUUUCCCUACCUCCCUUUGUUCUUGAGGGCUGCUUUGCCCUUUACUAAGGGUCUUAUGGACCCGAAGGUGCCAUUUAGAAAGUGCUUUAGAUGUGGAGAAGCUUUUGUCAACAUACAUAUUUGCCUGAUCUGCCUUGGAAGAGGGUAAAAAGCUAACUCUUGCUCCUGUUGCCCAGGAUAGAACAGGGAAGGUGGCCGAGUGUCCUGCAUUUGAACCAUUAGGUCAGGCAAGGAGGAAAAAGACACGUCAAGAGAAAACAUUGUCUUCCCUGGUCCCUCCUUUACUGGUUGCUGAGAGCCAGGAGAUGCAGCAGAUCCCCCAUGAAGGCCUUGUGGCUUUGGACCAUCUAAUAGGAUUCCUUGCAAGGAACAAGUUGCCAGGCUCCCAUUCACAUCUUCCUGAGGCAGGCGACAGCUGCAGAAAUAUUACAAGCAGAUGCCUAAAGUAUUGCACACUGACAGAUUAAUGUAGCUGACUUGGAUGCAGAGAGAGAUAAGCCCUUUGCAAGCACACAUGACUCUGUUCCUUGGUCUUCCCCUGGGAUAUUGAGCUAGGAUCGAGGUGGCCUUAUUGGAGGGGAUGACCAGGCAAUAACCUGCAUAGAAUCCAGAAACACGGGCGGCAGAAUCACUCUUAAUACAACACAGUGCUGACCCUGGCACUCCCAUCCUAGUAUCAAAUGCAAGCGGGGAUGACAGACGUCCAUGGUCACUGUUGGAAGGCUCCACAUACCUGCAGCUAGAGCAAGUAACCCCAUUUUGGUAGUUUGGUCCCAGCUUCAAAAACCUUUGCACAGGAUAUGGUGUCAGCAGCCCAGUCAAUAGUUUUGAUUAACAAACACACAACCCCUGUGCCCUCUGGGAAUAAGCUUGCUUGAUUCUUUGGGCAGUGGAUAGCUCCAAGGGACUGGUGGUCUUACACAUCAUGAAAAUGACUGCUUCAAGAUUUUUAUGCCACUCCAUUUGAUCUCUUCCCUAUUGUGAAAUCAUCCUUUUGUUUUGGGAAAUUCACUCACUAAAGUGCAAGGUAGGCAUAGAGGUAGCCUCCAGGAAGCAUACAAAGAUCAGUUUUUAUUUGAGAUGCUUUAUUUUCCUGAAGUGGGGUGGUAGACUUCACCCUAUCAUCAUCCGGAGUGCUAAGGACAGGCACCUCUAUAAUGCCUGAUUUUUUUUUAUGGCCACCCUGACUUACAUUCCCAUUCUCUGGUACGUUCAGUCAAGAGAAAGACCACCUACGUAUCUUUUGAAUUCCAGAAUCUGAUACGACCUUUAGGAGGCCCAAAAUCAAUAGAAUUAUUUAGGAGAAUUUGGCAUACAUGAGUCCAUGGUGGAGUGCACCUUUUUCUUAAAAAAAAAAAAA